AUACAAAUAGCAAAAUCGCUAAAAAUUGAUAUUUUUUUGUAAUAUUAGCCCAAAAUAAUAAUUCUUUUAACGAAAAGAUUGCUUGCAUUAACAAGAACACCAAGUUAAAAAUAUCCAGACUCCGACCAGAGCCAGACUCGAAAAUCAAAACUAUUACAACUUGUAGGAAACAAAUACAUGAUUUUUCUAGUCACUCUAUGGACUACCCUAUUGUUCUGCCUACCAACAAAACUGACUCGAAAACCAAGCGUCUUCACCAGGAAAUGACAAAUUUCUCCGAGCAGAGCACCACCCACCGCAUCAUGAGUAAUACCAACAUUCACCUUGUCAAUAACAAUCUUCACAUCUCCUUCGAAUUCACACCGAAUUCAAACCCCUACUCUACACCACCGGAUUGCAUCCGCAGGGCCAAGGCUUCCACCAGCAUCGGAUGGAUUAGCCAAAAAUAAUAAGUUUACCUAUCUUUUAUUAGCAGCCUAAGACUAACUCCAACCCUAGAGCUAAAAAGCCAUUUACCCAUUUUUAGCUCUUUUUUUGUGCUCCACCCCACAUUAUUUUGGGGAGCUAAAAAUGGGUAUUGGUGAAUUGGGAGCCAAAUUUAGCUUCUAAAAAGGUGAAAAAGCUAAAUUUGGCUAGAGGAAAUGGUGGACCCGCGGUGGGUCCUCUUUUAUUUUUUUGUUUUUUAUUUUUUCUUUGGGAUUUUCUCAUUGGUUGAUUGUGUUGUUUUUUCUUUUUGCUUUUUUUGUGUGGUAUUUUGUCAUUGGUUGAUUGUGUAUGUUGUUUGUUUAAUUGUUUGAAAGAAGAUAUGAAAUGUUAUAUGUUUAAUUGGUAUUUUUUCAUUGGUCCUGAAGUUAACGGUAACAAAAUAAUGACUAAUUUUCCGAAAAUUUUUUUGUCUCGGAAUAAAAAAAAAUUACAUCGAAAAUUUUGUUUUCAAAAGGAAUAACUAACUAUAGAAAAUUAAAGUGAAAUAUGAAAAUUAGAGGUCAAAUAAGUAUGCUUUAUUGUAAUAAAUUGAAAAAAGGUAGGUAGGAAGCUAAAUUUAGCAUUGUGUAGGGUUGAAGUGAAAAUGGGGUUUGGGGAGCUAAAAAGCCAUAUUUGGCUACUUGGGGAGCCAAAUUUGACUUUACGGGUUGAAGUUAGUCUAACCUCUCCAGCUUUUGCUGCUCCUCUCCUCUCCUCGACUAUUGUAUUAGGGUUUUCUCGUAUUUAUAAUCGCUCUAUAGUAAACAACUAUCUGCACACAGCCGUUUCGCUGUCUUUGCUCAUCUCUCUCCCGCCGACUCUCGGUUUUCAUCUUGUAACUGCAUACUGCUACGGCGCACGGCGAGAAAACACCUGACCCAAAGAGACCGAAUUGUAAGCAGAGGAAGCUCCAGCAAAAAUGUCGUCGCUGAAGAAUGUUCUUCCUCAAAGAACCCACAAGGAACGAGCUCAACCGGAGUCGAGAAAGAAAUUUGGGCUUCUGGAGAAGCACAAAGACUAUGUUGUUCGUGCAAAGGCGUUCCAGAAGAAGCAAGAGACUUUACAGAGGCUCAGAGAGAAAGCAGCUUUCAGAAAUCCUGAUGAGUUCAACUUUGGCAUGAUCAAAUCCCGAACUGUAGAUGGAGUCCAUCGUUCAUUGGGCGAGGCAAACAAAUACACGCAAGAUGAACUGAUGCUGAUGAAGACACAAGACAUCGGAUAUGUGCUUCAGAAACUUCAGAGCGAGAAAAAGAAAGUUGAAAAGCUUACAUCUAUCUUGCACUCAGUUGGAAACCAGCCUUCAACCGGACACAUCUAUUUUGCUGAAGAUAGAGAGGAGGCUGAAGAGAUGAGGUCAUGCCGUGCCAAAAACAAUGAGGGUAGUUCCACUGCAGAAAAGCCUGUGCCUGAUCAUAUUAAGAGGAGAUUAGCCGGUUCUUACAGAGAGCUAGAAGCCCGAAAGAACAGAGUGACUCAGUUAGAUAAGCUGUAUAUGGAGAUGACAUUACAGAAGGAACUGCAGAAAAAGGGACGAAAGCGCAAGCUGCGUGAAGAUGAGACUCUGGCGCCAGCAUCAGGGCCAGUAUACAAGUGGAGAAGAGAAAGGAAGAGGUGAAACUUCCUGAGUCAUGGAAGAUGCUGUCUGUUUGUAGGUCUAUCAAAUUCAUUUAGCUGCCAGCAGAUACGGUGGAAGUUCAUUUUCACGACUGAAGUGAUUUUGACGCCGAGAUUUGGUUUAGGUAGUAGAUAAAGGUGUGUCGCAGUUGUAAUCACUCUCUUUCAUGGCUCUCUACCUUUUGUUACCCCGUAGGUUUAAACAGUUGAAACUCAGAAAACAGAUUGUUAACUUGUUUUCUUUCCUGUUAUGUUUGCCAUUUCCCAGGUGGUCUCAUACUUCAGGUUCACCUGAAGGCCAAGAAUUUUGAGCUCACUCCUUGCACCCUGCUUUGUUUUCCAGCUGUGUAUGGUUAUGAUCAUAGCAGUAUCCGCUGUAUUGUUGAUAAUAAAUACAUUUCAUUAUGUGUUACGUUUGAUACAACUGAACCAAAUAAGUUAACAGAGGCAAG